AUGGCAAAACUAGUUUGUGCGUAUCUGUUCAUCUCCAUGAUAGUUCUUCUCUCCGUCUUUUUGGCUUUGCCAACUGCAGAUGGAGCACAUAUAAGAAAGUACUGUACUGUCGUGGAGAAGCUGAGCAAGCCAUGCAAUUUUCAAGAAUGCCAACCACUUUGUAUUCAGAAAUACAGGGGGACUGGCGUUUGUCUCGGAGAUAAUAACUCUAAUUGCAAAUGCGAAUAUAAUUGCUAA